UAUAUUGUAUUAAUAGGUGGUAUUUUCUUAUGGUUUACCUUUGUGUAAAUGUUUUCAAAAAAAUGAUAUUGACUUGAAAGAAGCCGUACAGUUAGCAGAGUGCAAUGUAUCUAUGCUUGAGGAUUUGAGACAAAAUAUUGAAAAAGAAUUUAAAUCAAUGUAUAACGAAGCUGAGAAAAUGGCAGACAUUUUGGAUAUUAACAUUUCUAUCAAACGUAUAGUUAAGAAACAGGCAAAUCGUGCAAAUAUAUUUACUGAGGAUAAGACGAUUCAACCUGAAAAUUACUAUAGAAUUACUAUAGCAAUACCAUACAUUGACUCUUUUAUAAUUAAUUUAAAAGAAAGAUUUCUUAUACACAAAAAUAUUUUAAAAGGUUUUCAAUGUAUAUUUUCUGGCAACAUUGACUUUCAAGAAUUUGAAGAACUUGUACAUUUUUAUCUUGACACUGAUGUUCAGACAGUAAUUGCAGAGUUAAAAAUCUGGCAAUCAAAAUUGAAUUUAACAAAUCAACAUCCUACAAUAGCUAUAGAUGCUCUGAGACUAUGUAAUUCCUCAAUAUUUCCAAAUGUGCAUCAACUACUUAAAAUACUGUGUACCUUACCAGUAUCCACAUCAACACCCGAAAGAACGUUCUCGUGCCUUAAAAGGCUUAAAACAUACUUAAGAAAUACGAUGUCUGAAACUAGAUUAAAUGGAUUAACAUUGUUAUCAAUUCAUCGGGAAGUUCCAAUUACGCCCGAAGAAAUUCUAGAUAUUAUGGCACAUAAAUCUAGGAAAAUAGACAUUAUAUUGUAGAUUGACACAUUUUGUAAAAAAAAAAAAAAAAUUUUUUUUAUACAAAUAUUUUCUAGUUUUUUGGUGUUUAUAUAUCCCCCCCCCAAUGAAAGUUUCU